AUGGAGUCACCAUCCCAGGACAAAAGGGCAGCUCCUGUCAUCACCAUACAACCAAAGGAAAUCAUAUUUACUGCAUUACCCUAUAGACCCCAUGCCACUCUGCUUGAGUUCCUGAGGGGAGAGCCAAAAGUCUUGGGGGCUCUCCAGAUGAUGCUUGGUCUGAUCAUCACAGGCCUUGGAAUGAUAUUUGUAUUUAAUUUCCUCGUUUUCUCCCAAGGAUUUCCCCUUGUUUUCCUCACAGGAUAUCCAUUCUGGGGAGCAUUAAUUUUUAUUCUUACAGGAUACCUCACAGGAAUUGAUGAGAAAUCAACAAAAAUUCUGGGACAAGGUGUCACGAGCAUGAAUGUUAUCAGUUCCCUGGUUGCGGUCGCCGGGAUCACGCUCACCAUUGUCACCUAUAGACAUCAAUAUGACUACUGCCAGAGGCCUUCCCUGGAAGGAAUAUGUGUGUUUGGGAGAACGCUUUUCAUUGACUUUAUCCUUCUCACUCCACAAUCCAGCCAC